AUGCCUGGCACCUCCAAGACACAGAAAGCGGAGGCGAAAUACAAUGUCACAACAGAAUUCCCCCACCUGGGCCUCCACUCGGCCGCAGCGACAGGCAACAUCGGCCUCGUCAAGUACGCCCUCUCUCACGGACAACCCAUCAACUCCGUCCUCGACGGCGUCCUCCCCCUCCACGCCGCCUGCUCCGGCGGCAACGAGCUCGUCGUCAAGCUCCUCAUCGACAGCGGUGCCGAUGUCAACGCUCCCAGACUCCCCCGCAAAUACUCCGCGCCCCCACGCACCGCACACCAUCAUCUCCCUCAUCACGCGUCCCACCCCUCCCACCCGUCCAACAUCGCCAUCGGCACCACCGGCUCGACCCCGCUGCACUUCGCGGCGGCCAACGGCCACACGGGCGUCGCGCUCACGCUGCUACAGCGCGGCGCGCGGGCGGACAGGGCGGACAAGCACGGGGUGACGCCGGAGAUGAUCGCGCGGCAGAACGGGUGGCUCGGGUGCGCAGACGCGAUUGGGGCGUGGGUGCGCGAGCGGGACCGGGAUCUGGAGUCGCGG